AUGCAGUCAGGGAACCAGCAAAGAAAGCGACAGAAUCCAACUCUGGGAGCGGACAAAACAGAAGAACUCAAGAUGGCUUCAUUUAUAUCCAUGGACUUCAGCUGCCCAGUGUGCUUGGAUAUCUACAAGGACCCUGUGCUGCUGCCGUGCAGCCACAGCUUCUGUAAGGCCUGUCUGCAGGACUGGUGGGGAAAGAAAGUGACUCAGCAGUGUCCAGUCUGUAAGAGGUGCUCCUCCGUGACAGAACCUCCGUGUAACCUGGUCCUUAAGAACCUGUGUGACACCUUCUCUCAGCAGCUGAGCCUGAGGCGGCCCUCUCAGACCGAGGCCAUCUGCCCACAUCACAAAGAGAAACUACAGCUCUUCUGUUUGGAUCAUCAACAGCCCGUGUGUCUGGUCUGUCGAGAUUCCAGAGCACAUCACGAGCACAAGUUCAGACCCAUCAAUGAAAUGGCACAGGAAUACAGGAAGCAGCUGCAUAAGAGUCUGCUGCCCCUACAGGACAGACUGCAGAAAAGCAGUGAUGUGUUCAAGCACUGGUGUCAGACCAGUGAGUACAUCAAACAGGAAGGCGACCGCACAGAGAAGCUGAUCCAUAAGGAAAUUAACAAAAUGAUAGACUUUCUGCAGAAGGAAGAGCAGGAGCGGGUCCAGGCUGUGAGGACUGAGGUGCAGCAGAAGGUCAGCCUGAUGGAGCAGAAGUUCACUGGUCUGUUUGAAGAGAUGAAAACUCUCUCAAACAGCAUCAGACAAACCCAGGAGGAGCUCAAAGGUAGUGAUGUCGCAUUCCUCCAGACAUACAGCGGUGCAGUGAGAAGAGUGCAGGAGGCCCCUUUAGAGGUUAUUCCACAAAUGCCCUCUGGGGCUCUGAUGGAUUUGGCCAAACAUUUGGGCAACCUGAGCUUUAACAUCUGGAACCAGAUGAAGGAACUGGUGUCCUACACUCCGGUGGUGCUGGAUCCAAACACUGCUAACAGAUCCUUGUUUGUGUCUGAUGAUCUGUGCAGUGUGCACUGUGCAAACAGAGAAACAGAUGAAGCACCAGAGGCCCCUUUAGAGGUUAAUCCACAAAUGCCCUCUGGGGCUCUGGUGGAUGUGGCCAAACAUUUGGGCAACCUGGGCUUUAACAUCUGGAACCAGAUGAAGGAUCUGGUGUCCUACACGCCAUUGGUGGUGGAUCCAAACACUGCUAACAGAUCCUUGUUUGUGUCUGAUGAUCUGUGCAGUGUGCACUGUGCAAACAGAGAAACAGAUGAAGCACCAGAGCUUCCAUGGGUCCCUGAAAACCCUGAGAGGUUUAUUAAGCCUGACAGACCCGUCCCUGGCUCUCUUCACCCUCCAGUGAGCACUCUUGCUGGGGGCCACUUGUCUGUAUGGCCCCCUCCCUUCUCCCUCAGACUGUCCAUGUGUGCAGAGGCCACACAGCUGGGCCCCGGCGUUGGCUUUUAA